GUCUUUGCACAGCACACCUGUCAUAAAUUUUGCGGCAUCGUGAAAAGAAAAAUUGUUUUUGCCCAGAAAAUUCGUGAAAAUUACCUGGAAAAUAGCACCGAGAGACGAUGGCUUUCAACUUUCCCGCAUUCACGUACAUUGUGGCCCUCAUUGCAGAUGCUUUUCUCAUUUUCUUCUCCAUCUUCCACGUGAUUGCAUUCGAUGAGCUCAAGACAGACUACAAAAAUCCCAUCGAUCAGUGCAAUUCCCUCAAUCCUCUGGUUCUGCCUGAAUAUCUGCUGCACUUCCUGUUCAACUUCCUCUUUUUGCUGGCACACGAGUGGUUCUCAUUGGCACUCAACAUCCCCCUGAUUGCCUAUCACAUUUACAGGUAUAAAACGAGGCCGGUAAUGAGUGGACCAGGACUCUAUGAUCCCACCAGCAUAAUGAAUGCCGAUGUACUGUCCAAGUGCCAGCGAGAGGGAUGGAUUAAGUUGGCUUGCUACCUCCUCUCCUUCUUCUACUACCUCUACGGGAUGAUUUACUCACUAAUCUCCACAUAAAUCUCCUCCCGUCUUCAUCCAAAUCAUGUUCCUGCACCCAAGGAAUUAAUGAUAGCACCCCCGUAGCAUUAAUUGUAAGAUUAUUUCUUAUUUUUUUUUUUGUAGUGUUUGGUGUCAGUUUAUUUUGUAUUUUGAACAUUUUUCAUCCAUUUGAAGCUUUUUCUUUGUGAUUUCAGUUCCUGCGCAAGAAUUUAUUGCACUAAUUUAUUAAAAAUUCAAUCCUCUCGCACUCAAAUACGUAGAAAUCAUGUAAGAAAAUUUAAAAUUCUAAAACAAUUCCAUAAAACAAGAGAAAUCUCUCAAGAUUUCUGCAAUACCGGACUUUUUCAAAAACAUUAAAUCCAAUAGUUUGUAAGAUUUUUGAAGAGAUGUAGGAAAGAAAUGUAGUAAAAGGUACCAAUUUAUGUAAAUAUUUACUACCAUUUUCAACAAAUUCUCAUUGAAUUUUCUGAAUUUCUUGAUGAAAAAGAAAUAAAAAGCCAUAAAAUUGAAA